AUGAGUGACAAUGUUUACUUGGCUCAGAUGAGCACUGACAUGGAAGAGGCUCGUGCUAAAGCCAGCUUCCCUGUGCAAUCUAUGGUCUACUUACUUCGUGGCGGCAAAGAAGCCUACGAAAAAUCAAACAAAAUCCGAGAGCUGGCUGAACGUGAACCAUUGUUUGAUAAAUCCAGGCUGUCUUUCCAAAGCAGACAAGAACAAUUAUGUACCUCGCUUUUGAUCUCUAAACGCUUGAUUGAAAUGGUCGAAGAAAAUGAUAUGGACGAUGAGCAAUUUAUUGCCUUGUUUAGACAUAUUGAAUUAUUGACACCCACGAAUACUUACUACGUAUUAGCUUUUAUGCCUGUCAUCAAGGCACAAGGAACAACCGAACAGGCUGAUAAAUGGCACACAGCUGCCAAAAGACAUGCCAUCAUUGGUUGCUAUGCCCAAACCGAAUUAAGCCAUGGAUCCAACGUCAUGGGAUUAAAUACAGUAGCAGUGUUUGAUCAAGCCACAGAUGAAUUUGUUAUUCACUCACCCGAUAUUACAGCAGCCAAAUGGUGGAUUGGUGGUUUAGGUGUAGCUUGUACCCAUGCGGUGGUACAAGCCCAAUUGAUCAUUGCCGGUAAAUCUCUCGGACCUCAUCUCUUUAUUGUGCCAGUACGUUCUCCCUUUGACCUGAAACCUUGUAAGGGUAUUACGGUAGGUGAUAUUGGACCCAAGGCCUAUGGUGGUUUCUCUACUACCGAUAAUGGAUUUGCUCUUUUUGAUCAUGUACGUAUUCCACGCGACAAUAUGUUGAUGAAAUUUGCACAAGUAGCACGAGAUGGAAGCUAUACCCCACCUGUACAUAUGAAGUUGUCUUAUGGAAGUAUGGUUAAACUUCGUGUGGAUAUUGUUACCGAUGCUGCUUGGAAAUUGGCCAAGGCCUCUACCAUUGCUAUCCGGUAUUGUACAGUGCGUCGUCAAUUUCAUAACCCACCUAGUUUUAAAUUAAACGAUAACCGUCCAGAGUCACAAGUCAUUUCAUAUUCCUCGGUACAGCAUCGUUUGAUGCCUCUUUUAGCUACAGCUUAUGCAUUAGCUGUAUCAGGCGAAAGCAUGCAUCAACAGUUUGGCCAAUUAAUGGAUCAAUUGGAAUUGAAUAAUGCUACCUUAUUACCUGAGGUGCAUGCUACUUCUUGCUCUCUCAAAAUCUGGAGCACACGUCGAUCUUCCGAAGGCAUUGAAGAAUGCCGUAAAUCCAUGGGUGGACAUGGUUUCUCUAUCUUUAGUGGUGUAUCUGAGCUUUUUGCUAAUAUCGUACCUGCCAACACGUAUGAAGGAGAUAAUUUUGUUCUUGCACAACAAGUAGCACGAUUUCUCUUAAAACAAUUGAAUAAUGUGGUCAAAGGCAAGGAAAUCACAUCUUCCACGGCAGACUAUUUAAAAACCUUGGGUCAAGGUAUCACCGAACCUUUUGCCUUUGAAAAUCAUAAUGAGCAAAUUUUGAACCCUCAAGUACAGUUGGAGAUUUUUGGGAUGCGUGCAGCGCGUUUAGUGGCGGAUUUGGGUCAGCAAUUGCAGGCCGGUAGAGAAUGGUCUGAUUUGAACAUGGAGUGCUGGACUUUAAAUUUUGCACAUGCAGAAUAUUUAAUUUUGAAGCAAAUGAUUACCAAAGUCGAUGCGAUGGCAGCUGUACCUGAACAUGCUGGUUUAGCAGAUACCAUGAAAUUAUUGACUGAUUUGUUUUGUCUUUCAACUUUGGGUUACUCAUCAUUGGCUACGUUUUUGUCUACGAGCACUAUCCAUCCUUCUGAUCUUGGCAAGUUGAAUGAGCAAUACCGUCAAUUGAUUACUCGUGUUUCCAAUGAUGCGAUUCCUUUGACCGAUAGUUUUGGCUUUUCAGAUCAUGAAUUGAACACUGCCCUGGGUAAAAAAGACGGUCGUGCCUAUGAGCAUUUAUGGGAUGCUGUUCAAAAGAAUCCUGUUAAUGCUGAUCCCGAAAACGCUAAACUCAAUGUAAGAUAUCUAUUUAUGUGUAAAAGGAUAUGUCACUAA